AAGAUAAGCCGAAAACCAUGGCAGGAUGUCAUGCUAAAUCUAAUGAAAUGAACAAAAGGUGUGUGUGUACAUAAUGAGACCGUGUCUCAACGAUUCUCAUAUGCCCCAAUUCUGAAGAAGAACAGUCAUCAGUUGAGCAAAUGAGCAGCUUUUUUUGCACAAUCGCAAAAACGUUACAUUUAUUAUUUACGUAUUUUGAAGUGACGUUUUUCAGGAUUUUAAUUCGAAGUAAUGCAAAUUUCAAUAGUCUACCAUUGAUAUUUCCAUUCCGCAUUUCCAAAUUGUUAAACAGAAGUUAACAGAGACGAGAUGGACGAGCUACUUUUCACCCUGAACGAUGACGAACUCCAAGAACUCAAAAAUACGUCGUCAAUCGAUGGGGAUGAGGACGACCAUUUGUUUGGCACACCCCCACCACGAAAUAGGUCUAAAUCCACGGGGUCAGGCAAUGAAAAUGUGGACUGGGAACUUACACUCUCACUUGAAACGACCCUGCAACUUAUUGAAGGGGAGCCGACGGCUCCGUCACCAAACUGCUCGGAAGAACUUAUCCAGCGUAUUCUUGACGUCUGCCGAGGCAGAGGUGGACUUCCGGAUCAUUUGAGGGGAAAGGUAUGGGUAAUCCUGAUUGGCCUUUAUUACAAUAACAAGUCAACGAAACAUCCCCUCAUUGAGAUCUACGACUUGAAAGAGCAAAAUGAAUUACGAAAUGACUGUACCGAAUUUGUAGCAAAGACAUACUCCUCCAACAGUCCUGAAGAGCAUUCCUCGAUCGUUUCCAGUCUAGAGUCAAUUUUGACGUCUUAUCUCAAACAUCAGAAAGUGGCCUAUGACAAGUCCAUCAUUUUGGGAUAUCUUCAAAUUCUUAAACCCCUUUUGACACUUAACCUAACCGACACCCAGUUGUAUAACACCUUCAGAAUGAUCAUAACCCAGUAUGUGCCAAGAGAUGUGUUUAACGAACAUGGACUCCCGUUUCAUAUUUUUCGACUCUUGCUACUAUACCAUGAACCGGAAGUAUGUUCUGUAGUGGACAGUUUGAGGGUGUUACCGCACAGCUAUGCAAGUCAAUGGUUUCUCAGCUUAUUCUCGUCUGCGAUUGCAAAUCUUCAGUCGAUACUGGUCUUGUGGGAUGUCUAUCUCCAAUACCGUGACCCCUUCCUUAUAUAUCACAUGGCACUUGUUCUCGUCCUUAAUGCCAAAGAUCGUCUACUGGAGAUCAAGCAUAGUGAUUCGUCAACCAAAAAGGCCGAUACCAUUCAACUCUUGUCUACACUCCCUGCCAACCUCGAACCCUCUGACAUUCCAGAUUUCUUAACCAUCUCUCAACACUAUGCGAGUCAAACCCCCAACUCUUAUCGGCGCAUGUUCGAGUCGGCAUUGUAUGGAAAUGAUUCGUUUCUAACGUUGAGCAACUCAUCGACUUCACCAUGUCGUCGCGUUGCAAUGCAAAGCUUGUGCUUGCCAGUCGCAGCAGAAGAAUUGCUCAACAGUAUUCGAAUGGCGAAAAGUUUGUCGUCCAAUGACUCGACGGAUAGUAGGUCCAGCACGGAUGCGUACAUGUUUGUCAGAUUUUUUGUGGUGGAUUGUCGUCCUGCAGAACAGUAUAAUUCUGGUAGAUUACCCACAGCAUUUCAUCUCGAUUGUGCUUUGAUGCUCCUAGAACCCGUCAAGUUUAAUACAGCCGUCCAAGGGUUACUUUUAGCCCAGAAGGAUGCCUUAAAUGUUGGUGCUGCUGCGGGUGGAGAACAUUUGUGCUUUGUGGGGUCUGGACGGGAAGAAGAGGAUCAGUACGUCCACAUGGUUGUUUCCAGUUUUCUUCAACGCAACACACAGAAAGUAGCAUUAUUAUCUGGAGGGUUUCAAUCUCUACAUGAAUUGCUAUAUCCAGACAAUAUUGAAGACGGUCUGGCUGACCACAACCCAUUAACAUGCCCGGAAUGUGUACUGCAGAAAACGUCUGUGACACCAUCUUCCUCUACAGUGAGCAGGGAUGGCUCCCCAGCAUCCGAUUCUAGGUCAAAGUUGUUCACUGCUAAACUUAGUUUGUUUAGUUCAACUCUCAAGGCAAAGUCUGCAGAGAUGAAGGGAAAAUUGAUCGACUACAUCAACAAUCCGGUUGCUUCUGGUGGCUCUUCUGGAGCAGAUGAGAAACAUGUUAAAUCCAGUGACAAAAACAAAUCAAAACCAUAUAGAAAUCUAUUGCCCGUAUUUAUGAUUGAUGAUGACGAUGAACCCAGUGAUGAAGCUAGUCCAUCUGGAGGUCUCGCUGACCUAGAUUCGACAACAGAUGUAACUCAUUUCCACCCAGGAACUCGGAUCCGUUCUAUCAAGCAGUUCCUGAAACAACACAAUUUCCAUUGGUCAUGCAGCGAAGUUCUUUCGGAUGGGUCUCACUACGAAGGCUACGUCAUCGUCACCAGGGACAAUCUACUAAUGAUUAGAGAAUUGGACAGAGACACUGGAGAAGUCAGUUUGAAUCGUUUGCUAAAUUCCAUUAUCAAAAUCACAAGCAAAAAGAAGCAUCCCGAACUCAUCACGUUCAAGUACGGGCAUGUUGUCAAACUCCCAUCAACAUCUAGCGAUCCAGGAAAAGAGGGAGAUGAGAUAUCAGACAAAGAUCGUGGAGGUGGAGAGGAGGAAGAAACUGCAGCAGAAAUCACACAUUCCGAUAGAUUCUAUUUGCCAUCUGGAUCGAAAGAUUUUGUAUCGAAUGUCAAGAGGUUUAUCGAUUCCAAAAAUAGUUCUGAUCAAUAGAAUGGAUAAGCCUAAUAAUGAGCAAGCAUGUUCAGUGCAAUGCAAUUUUUACUCUGUGCAUACUUUUAAAACAUGUUAUGAAUAGUUAUGAUGGUACCAGGUUUGUUAUCUAUCGUUAUCUUAUGUGAUUUAUCUUUAUUUAUAUUUUCAAUAUAAAAUUAAGAAAUAUAAUCAA